CAGAUGCGAGGCCUGAAAUUAAGUUAAUUGCUAGUUUGGUCUCUGGUUGACUCUUCCCCUUUGCAGGAACUUUUCUGUGACCUCCUUUCAGGUGUGGCAGAAGAGGAAGACUUUUUAAGUAUGUCUAUUGGGCUGGAGUUGAUAGGCAUCUCCCUUUGCAUUUUGGGAUGGAUUAUUGCCAUUUUAGCGUGCGCCCUGCCCAUGUGGAGGGUGACAGCCUUCAUUGGCAGCAACAUUGUGACGGCUCAGAUCAUCUGGGAGGGCCUGUGGAUGACCUGCGUGGUCCAGAGCACGGGCCAGAUGCAGUGUAAGGUCUACGACUCCAUGCUGGCCCUCUCCCCGGACCUCCAGGCGGCCCGCGCCCUCACCAUCAUCUCCAUCCUGUUAGCCAUCCUGGCGGUGCUUGUCUCCAUCGCCGGGGCCAAGUGCACCAACUGCAUUGAGGACGAGGCCUCCAAGUCCAAGGUGAUGAUCAUCUCUGGGGUGUUCUUCAUCGUUUCCGGGGUCAUGCAGCUCAUUCCUGUCUCCUGGACGGCGAACACCAUAAUCAGAGACUUCUACAACCCUUUGCUCACGGACGCUCAGCGGAGGGAGCUGGGGGCCGCGCUCUACAUCGGCUGGGCGGCUGCUGCCCUCCUGAUUCUCGGAGGUGGAUUGCUCUGCUGCUCCUGUCCUCCUCGUGAGACCAGAUACAACCCUUCAAGGAUGGCUUACUCUGCCCCUAGGUCCGCAGGUGGCCCAGGGUUAGAAAGAAAAGACUAUGUCUGAAUGGACGUCAAGGAGGAAGAGACGUUAUUGAAUCACAAACCUGCUCGCCUCACCAAGCUGAAGGUGUAAUGAGGGAAAGAGCUAAGGAAACAAGGAGACUCCGUGAUGAAGGAUGUGUUUGAUUUUGCCUUUAAUGUUAAGUAUCUCUGAUUAGACGCUUUGUUAUUCAGAGACUGAAAAAGCAUGCAAAGGACAGUGGAGUGAAAAUCUCGUUUAAUUAUGUUUCACAGAAAUAGUGUUCUUAGUCUUUUUUAAGGUCAACACACUAAAAGUUAUUGUUAAAAUCAGUAUGCAAUUAUAUACUUUUAUACAGUUCUGGCGCCUUAAUGUUUACUACUGAUUUUUUUAAAUAAAAAACGCCAUCACUGUAUCAAGUUUAAGCUUUAUAGGCACUGGGCACUGCUGAUUAUAAUAUGAAAGACUUGGAUGUGUUGAAUUUGAUGAUGGUUAUCAACUAUAUUAUGUUCUGUAAAUACUGUAGUAAGAGUAUGAUUAAUCACCGGUAAAUAAGAAGACAGAUGAUAACUGUAUUCAAUGCAGCUUUUAGUGCAGUGUUGUAAGGUUGGGGAUGGGU